AUGCUGGCGUAUGAGUCGGGAACAUUGCGAGUGGCACAAGCGGCAUCGGACAUAACGGGUCGUUUGCGGAGUAUGGAGAGUUUGGAGCGUUGGGGUGGGGUGCAGGCGAAGAAGAAUGGCGGUUUGCGCUCCUGUUUGGUAUGGGUGCCAGUGCGUAAGGAGUGCAAUUCUGCGAUGCUGAGUUUGGCGGACUUGAGGGUGUUCGAUUUCGGUCCGGGUUUGACACACGCGUUGGAGGCUCAGGUGUUGGAGUUACUGCGAGGUGCACGUUGGACGUUGGGUGGCAAGUAUUUCGUCUCGUCUGAUGAGGCGGUGUUAACAUACCUGAGUAAUUGCCAGUUGCGUGUGGCGUUAUCCAAGACACACCUUCGACACACACAUAGUUGGAAACAAGCUAAGCGUCGCACACAAAUGUACUUCCAGCAGCUGCGCUUAGACGCUGCACUGCGCAGCGCCGUGGCGGAACACGGUUCUCGCGAAAAAGUAGUCGCCGCCAUCUUCGCUUCCGAACUCGACCGCGUCGUGGCGGUGGCCAAAUUCAACGGUGCCGAAUUCCAUGACGACCAAGAAGCGGAUGGCCACGGAGACGUACAGCCACAAGUCCAGACUCCGAGAGAAUUCGACGGCGAAGAAUUCCGAAGACGCAUCGUGUCACACGUUCUUCAGUUCGCCCCCGUCAGCGCCAAAGGGCUCGUCGCCGAAGCCGAGGCCUCGCAGGCCGCCGUCGAGGCUUUCAUCAAAGCCGAAGCCAAGGCUGCCAAGGCCGCUGCCAAGGCCGCCCGCAAGGCUGCAACCAAAGGCUGCGGCAAAGCUGGCUUUGGGAACGGGCUCGACGACGAGAGUGUGCGCCGCUUGCUGCGGUUCGACACGGUGCAAAAUACGCUGCCUCUGUACGCAAUCGACGCGUUAGAGGCGCAAGCACUCAACAUCCUCACGGCGGCGGGACUCGGCUGGUCCCUCAGCGACGGCGCGGGGAUGUACGUAGGCGAGGACGUGCGUUCGGGGCACCGUCCGCGCUUUAGCCUCGUCAUUCCGGACAACUGCCGGAAACGGAUCCCGCAUCACAUCGAAGCCGCCCUUAUUACGCAGGCCUUCUUCGACCGCCUCCGACUCCGACGUGUCUAUUCCUGUCUCAUACAAAACGCCGUCGACCAGGAACUCAGACGCGUCUGCCAACAUCCACUCCAGCUGAUCGACCCCGACGACCACUUCGACGAGCCCGCCGCCAACUUCAAUGAGCCUGCCGCCAACCUGCACGAGUCCACCGCCCGCCUGGAAUCCGACUCAGGAGGCGCCGACCCCGGCUUCCUCUGGAGCACCCCCCUGCCCAACACCGGCGAAGACCUAGACAGCGAAGUCUUUGGCAGCUCAGGCCUCCUUUGGGGAUCUGAUGUAGGCGACACAAAGGCCGACCCGAAGGUCGAGACGCAGGUUAAGCCGAAAAUUCUCGUCCCGGAUGAAGACAUGGACGAAGACGUGGACAGAGACAUGGACGAAGAGUUGGCUGCACUGGACCGCGAGGAGGUCGUGUUUGAAAAAGGGUUGGAGGUCGGGGCCCAAUUCGCUGGAACCGCUUGGGUUCCGGACACGCCUCGAGUGGAGACCCCCGUGGGUUUGGGUCUGGAAGUUCCCGGUUCGAGUCCGGCAGUUGCGGGUUCCGACUCGAGCUCGGCGGAGGCGAUUGAAAUGCCGCUCGACACGGACGAGGAAUUGGUGGCACUCGAAGUCAACGGGCGCCGACGUCCACGCGACAACGCAACAGAUGCACUCCUCGGUGCCGUGGUGAAGCGUCUGGCGGCUGCCCAGGCACAACGUCCUUCCCAAGCAGCGUGUCGACUCACCACUCUCUGGGAGGCCGACGUCUAG